GCAGUCUCACUCAAACAGGGCUGACAAACACACUGACACAAGGGUGUUUUUCUCUUCUUUUUUAUGCAGUGCGUGUUUUCAGUGUGUGCGAGCCGUGGUUACAGUGCAUGUUUCCUCAGCAUGUUUUGGCACAGCCGACCGAAUCUUGACAGAGCUCCAGAAUCACUGUAGGGCUUUCAGAGGGGGAACUUGACGGAUCACGACAAAAGAAGCAAAACCAGUGCCUGAGGACAGAAGAUUUUGGGUCAGAGGAAGCUGCAGUCGCCUCCCGGACGUAAGAUUUAACUUUGUGAUGCCUGCCUGCAAACACCUUUAACCCUCAACCUUCCUCCUGCUGCAGUAUUACAUCAAAUAAUACUCCUUUGUUGACUGAAACUACUACCACUGUGGAUGCAGUGCUUUUUCUCUUUUGGUUAUGUUUGGCCAACAAAACAUGUCUACAAAUUCAACGGUUGACCACUGCAAAACGCCUAACUUUGACACAUACAAAGCCCUCUCCUGGCUGAUGAUUGUGGAGUUCGUGCUGGGUCUGCCUCUCAACCUGUCCGUCCUCUACAUCUUCAUCUUCAGGUUCAAGUUCUGGAAGAACAAAAGCAUCUUCCUCUUCAAUAUUGUGGUUGCUGAUUUCCUGCUGGUGGUGUGUCUUCCCGCCAAGGCCUACCACUACCAGCAUGGCCAGAGACGCAGCUCCAACAGUGCGGUGUGUAAGACCCUGCUCUUCAUGCUGUUCCUCAACAGAGGGGCCAGCAUCGGCUUCCUCAUCACGCUGUCCCUCGACCGCUACUUCAACGUGGUCCAUCUCGGGAGGAGGAACUUCGUCAAAGUGCUGAAGAAGACUCCUCAGAUCUCCAUCGUGAUCUGGCUCCUCCUGCUGCCCCUCACCAUCCCCACCAUGGUGAACACCUUCGAGUGCUGCAACAGUCACGGCCGAGUGGUGGAGACAUAUUCUCACGAUGUGACUGACACAUUCAGAGAGGUGGUCUUCUUCACCCAGAUCCUCAUCCCCUUCAUCAUCCUCGUCUACUGCACGGUGCGCAUCGUCAACCGCCUGAGAAAGAAAACCGUUGGGGAGAAGACCAAACUGAGGCGAGCCGUCUGCGUGGUCAUGUCCGUGGUCGUCGUCUUCUCCAUCUGCUUCCUGCCCUGCACUAUCGCCCGGGCGGUGCUGCUCUACUUCAGGCUGCAAAACAUGCAGGUGGCGGAGGACGUGGCGGUCCAGGUCUACGACGGCCUCAUGGUUCUGUCUUACGUGGACUGCCUACUGGACCCACUGGUGUACUGCUUCUGUAACUCGGGGUUUAAAGACGCUUAUAUAACCACCUUCUGUCCUGGGCCCCUGCAGAAGAAGCUGCUGAAUGCCAACUUCGGAUUGGGAAGUGGAGCGACGACCAUAACGACAAAUUCUGCAGCAGCAGCAAGAACUGUCACUUCGCCGAUAAUGGAGAAAUCCUGAUUGGUUUUUAAUUAUUGUUUAGAAUAUCUCUUACCAGUAUGCCUCAACCACACAGACCUGCAUUACCACUGCUCCACCUACACAGGUGUAUUCAGCUAUUCUGGUGGAGUCUUACUUUGACAAUCUGAUGUCAUUCACUCAGAGGCUGAAAACACGAUGGGUGUAGCAGAGCAACCUCAUACUCCGCCUCCUAUAUAGUGUUAUGGCGCUUUUCCACUACACAGUUCCAGCACGACUCGCCUCGACUCGGUUUUUUUUGCGUUUCCACUAGGGAUAGUACCUGGCACCUGGUACUUUUUUAGUACCUGCUCUG